UAAAGUCAAGUACACGAAUAGAAUUGCUUUCUCUUUCAAACCGUGCCUUUAAUUUCUUUCCCAGAUUUAGAAAAAGCGCAGCGUCGCACACGCUUUCUUUCGUUCCUUCACGUUUUCUACUUUUCGAUCGAUCAUGCGAUUUCGUGCCAAUCUCGCUAAUCCUGUUGGUCUCGGCAAGAUCGCGUUGACGCUCGAAAAGCUCGGACCAACGUGCAUUCUGUCUUUGGGCAAGGACAGUGUGCGACUGAUCAAACAUUCUGAUAAUGACGGCAGUAUUCAAGCGUGGACUAAAACAGAGCCGGCAUCGUUGUUCUCGAACUAUCGCGUAGAAAGUACAUCCAACAACGAAAUCAACAUGUCAGUCGUUAUUGAUGACCUAGUUCGAGCAACACGGGCUGCACAACAAGCAAUCGACGUCCGUAUUGCGCUGCGCAAAAAGCGUGAUCAACCUGUCCUAGAUUGGAGCAUGGUUUCUGAGAAUAGAGUGGGGUCUUCGAGCACCAUUGGCCAAGAAAUAAGCGUAUCCAUCAUUCCACCAGAACGAAUGCGACAUAUCAGGGAGCCUACAAUAGCAAGCACACCUGAUGCAUACAUUCUUUUACCAAGCUUGCACGCCCUGAAAACCACCGCUGGUCGAUUGAAAUCUAUGGGCAAAUACUUGACGCUCUCCGCAAACAUGGCCGGCGUGUUUAAACUGGUAGUAGAAACCGAACUAGUACAAUGUGAAACCGUCUAUCGACACUUGGAAAAUCCACAAUUAGCGGGACACGAGCUUCCGGAUGACACCGCUCGAUUUGCCUCGGUCAAGAUAUCAACGGAUAACUUUGUCAGCUUUCUUAACAGCUAUCACCUGGAUCCACAAAAUGUCAUUUGUUCUUUGACAGAUGAGCUCCAAGUUGCAUUCUAUCUAUAUGUGAAUAUUGACAUGUAUCGCUCAAGAGGAGGAGAUGAAACACAACCACCCCCACCACCGCAGACCACACCGCGGACCAUCAUGACCUGUCAUAUCCCGGUGUACUUUGAUUGAUCUGCUCUCAAUCUGUCUGUUGUUGUGCCUGAAGUGGUUAUCUCGCUGGACCUGAAAAUUCCACGUUUUUUUUGUACACUCUUCCCCUCCUUACUUUCUUUCUCUUUCUUUCGCA